GCUAUACAAUAAUUAUAACUAUAACAAAUAUUGCUGCACGCUGUCUCAACUCAUCGGCUUCACCGCCGACCUUUUCUCCGGAGUCCGGAACUGUACUUUUCCGGUCCUCGUCUUCUAUAUUCAGAAAUGUAUGUAUGUAUCUAUACAGGAUUUCGAUUAUAAGCUUCUUGACGUGUCGAUUGAUUUUCCAUAUAUUGCUGAUUUAGAGUUCAUUAUUUUAUGAAGCGGCGCGUGUAGCGAGUGCAUAUAUAGGAAAAAAUGGGUGUAACGAAGAGCGAUUUUCUCCCCGAGGAGUCGUUCAAGAGCUGGGGAAAUUACGUAAAUGCGUUGAAGGAGACGCCUGCGAGACUGGCGGAUCGGGUUCUUACCCGGUCCAGUGUCGAGGCGGAGCUAGAAGUGAAGGCGCGUAGCCAAAAUGAGAUGAAGAAGACGCUUUCGUGGUGGGACUUGAUCUGGUUUGGCAUGGGUGCCGUCAUUGGUGCUGGAAUCUUCGUGCUUACUGGCCGUGAGGCGCGUGAGGCCGCUGGUCCUUCCGUGGUUAUCUCUUAUGCUGUCUCAGGGCUGUCGGCCUUGCUCUCAGUCUUCUGCUACACUGAAUUUGCUGUGGAGAUCCCUGUUGCAGGAGGCUCAUUUGCCUACUUGAGAGUGGAGCUAGGCGACUUCAUGGCCUUUAUAGCAGCCGGAAACAUCCUUCUUGAGUACAUCAUUGGGGGUGCUGCAGUGGCUCGUGCAUGGACAUCCUACUUUGCAACUCUCUGUAGUCGUACGCCAGGUGAUUUCCGCAUCACAGUUCAUCAGCUAUCGGAAGGUUACAACGAACUUGACCCCAUAGCUGUUGGUAUAAUAGCAAUCGUUGGUGUGAUUGCCGUUCUAAGCACAAAGGGUUCUUCUCGACUCAACUACGUUGCCACAAUUGUCCAUAUAAUUGUCAUUCUCUUCAUCAUCAUUUGUGGGCUCAUUAAAGCAGACACUACGAAUUACACUCCUUUCAUGCCAUUUGGUCCUCGCGGUAUCUUCGCAGCUUCUGCAGUCUUGUUCUUUGCUUAUGUUGGUUUUGACGCUGUUUCAACUAUGGCUGAGGAAACCAAAAAUCCUGCUAAAGACAUUCCCAUUGGCCUUGUGGGAUCUAUGGUGAUCACCACUACUAUAUACUGUUUGAUGGCAGUGACUCUAUGCCUAAUGCAACCAUACCAAACAAUUGACCCUGAUGCGCCAUUUUCUAGGGCGUUUGAAUCUGUAGGCUGGGGAUGGGCUCAGUACAUCGUGGCUGCAGGUGCAUUGAAGGGAAUGACAUCUGUUUUGCUCGUCAGCGCUGUAGGCCAAGCACGUUAUUUGACCCACAUUGCUCGUACUCAUAUGAUGCCUCCAUGGUUCGCGAAAGUAGAUACCAAAACAGGAACACCAGUCAAUGCCACCAUUAUUAUGCUUGCUGCUACAGCAGUCAUUGCCUUCUUCACGGAUCUCGGCAUUUUAUCCAACCUUCUCUCAAUCUCAACACUUAUAAUUUUUAUGUUAGUGUCUGUUGCUCUACUAGUUCGUCGGUACUAUGUCAGUGGAGAAACAACAGUCGAAAACCGGAACAAACUAAUUGUGUUCCUUCUUCUUAUCAUUGGAUCAUCAAUUGCUAUUGCUGCUUACUGGGGAACUAGCGAAAGUGGUUGGAUCGCCUACUGCGUACUUGCUCCCAUUUGGUUUUUAUCAACCGUUGGACUUCGGAUUUUCGUCCCGCAAGCUCGUAUACCGAAGCUGUGGGGCAUUCCAUUGGUUCCUUGGUUGCCAUCAACAUCCAUUGCCAUUAACAUCUUCCUUCUUGGGUCCAUAGACAAGAAGUCAUUCAUAAGGUUCGCGAUAUGGAGUGGUUUCCUAUUAGUGUACUAUUUCUUCUUUGGGCUGCAUGCUUCAUAUGACACUGCUAAGGAAUUUGAAAGAAAGGGAAUAAAAGAGGGCAGAUUGGAAGAGGGACAAGUAGUUUCAGCAACAUAAUCUUGCUGGCUUAGAUGGUCAAUGAAACAGUUUCGGUUUAGUGUGCUUUAAAUUUCUGCAUAUAUUAAUCUCUUUGUGAAUGUAUUUCCUUUUACUCAAGAACGAGAUAAUUAAUGUAGACCACAAUGGACGAAUUAGAUUUUAUUAUCAAAUUACAUAUAAAAAGCGUGCGAGAGCGUCUUUAAAUUUAGAGCAAA